AUGAAUAGAAAGAAGGCAAAGCCGACUGACAGCACACACAAGAAGUACAACGAGAGUGACGUGAUAAAGAAGUUCCUUGUUUCAAGCAAGGGAGUUUCAUUUCUUGUGGAUCAUGUCAAUAGAAAACGGUUGUACGAAAGCAAUCGUGCGAGUGCAGACACCAUUAUGAAAGACGUGGACAACCUAAUUGACUACUAUGCUGCCUGGAUACACAGUUUUCCUGUAAGAAGAUCCAUGCAGGCAACACGGUAUGAGUUUUUGGAGUAUCUGGAGUGCUUCUGUGAACGAGCAGACGUGUGUGGCUUAUUCGACUUCCUUUUUGUAUGA